GCGGGCAGGCAGCCGAGGGAAAGAGAGCAGGGACCGUCAGGGUCCAGAUAGACCACUGGUUGAGGUGUAUAGGGGCAGGUAGGCCCUGGCGUGUCCUGCUGUCUGUUUCCACCUGUGUUCAGAGGCAGCUUGCUUCCCUUACACGGGGCAAUGGCAUCUCCCAGCCACAUCCUGGCUCUCUGCGUGUGUCUCCUCAGCAUGGCCAGUGCAGAAGGUCCACAGGAACCGGAUCCAUUCACCUAUGAUUACCACACACUGAGGAUUGGCGGCCUCACCAUCGCUGGGAUCCUCUUCAUCCUGGGCAUCCUUAUCAUCCUUAGCAAGAGAUGUCGGUGCAAAUUCAACCAACAGCAGAGAACUGGGGAACCCGACGAAGAGGAGGGAACUUUCCGCAGCUCCAUCCGCCGUCUGUCCACCCGCAGGCGGUAGAACCUCCACCUGGCUCCGGAAAACUCAGCCAGGACUCCCUUGACACCUGACUCCUCUCCCAACCCAGCUGCUUGCCCGUGGCCACCUCCAGUGUCCCUUGCCUCAGCCCUGCCUCUCGGACACCCCUUACUGCUAAGACCGCCAAUAAAACUCGGUUUUUCCUCUU